CCAACCCUCCAAUCCUCAGGUAUGUUCCUUGCUCCAUCGAGCAAUGACGGAGUUUGUACGUCUCCGCGUCGGACAAUCGAAUUCUGACUUCUUCAGUGUCGUCUGCGUCCUCCGAUGUCAUGGCCUACCCAAUGGGCUAUGUCUGCGGCAUGCCAGAGCAGUUCUGGUAUACUCCUCCCAACGGAGUCUGUGCCUUCUCGACCCAAAAUGGCCACUUUCCGAAGCGGCAACUCCCUCAAGGCGAACAAUGGCCGUUGCAAAUCAUGAGGAGCGACCUUCAGCACGAUAUACAGAAAAAGGCAAAGACUAUCGCAAAGCAGUUUCCCGCACUGGCCAGAGGAAUCACACCUAUCGAUAAUUGGUAUCACCUUUACAAAUAUUGGGAUGCGGUUGAUAUCUGGGUAGAGGGCCCGCAUUUUUUGUUUUAUGUCCUUCAGUGCCUUGGAAUGGUGAAUAAAGAGCUGGAUGAGGAACAACCGCGUGUGAUUAAUGCGUUCGCCCAAGAAUGGGUUGCUGGUAACGAAGAGUUGGUCGUUAACAAUCCCCACGCCAAAGACCUCACUGAUCUUUUUGAUAACUUGGAUCGCGGCAACUUGAUCAGCAUGAGACCAGAUGAGGUCAAGUAUCUCAACGGCAGACUCGACCAUCAUCGCCAUGUCCUCCUUUGCAGGAUUCAGGAGUUCCACCGUCAAGCUGCUAUGGAACGUGGUCCAGCUGGAAUGAUGGGCCCAUACCCAGGACCUAUGUACCCACCUCCUCAUCACAACUUCCCUCCUGGUCCUCCUAUGAUUGACCCACGCGCUCCUGUUCAAUUACUUGUUGCGCCUUCAAAGGCAACCACCCAGAAUUACCACCAAUUUGUUGAGAGCCAGCGCAACCUAGCUUCGAGAUUUGGUCCCAGAGUUCCGCCAAACAAUAUCCGAAAUGAGAACAUUCGUCCGAUGGAAGGCAGACCUCGUGGAUGGUCCAAUGAUACAGCUCGGAACGGGCGUGGUGGACGAGCCAGCGGGCACGGCUGGAACAAUCGAAAUGGCCGGGCCAACGUCCCUGCCACUCCUCAAUCAAAACCCCCCAAGCCAAUGAACCAGGGUGUGGUACAGUCAAUCAAGAGCCUCCCAUUGUUGCUACUCCACUUGGUCGUAGAGCUUCAACCAAUGAUGUUGACUCUCGUCCCAAUUAUGUCCCGGAGAAGAUAGCAUCCCCACAAGAAUCGCGAGCCGCAAGAUCUGGCAAUUCAACUCUACGUGUAACUGCACCUAUAAGCAACGACGCACGAGUCUUGGAGGCCAUGGAGAGGCAAGAUGGUU